AUGUCUUCUGCUCGCCAACCAACAGAAUCAGCGUAUGAGAAAUUCAGCCACGCCCCGAUCAAGUACUACGAAGGUCACAUUCCUAAUGUGCCUGUGACAAUGAUAGGGCCAGAUGGUACUAUCCUAUACGAAAACGGAGCCCGUGGACUAUUUCGUGAGAUAAUGUGCCGUGACGAUGUCGAUUCUCUCAAGCAAUAUCUUGCCAUUGACCCUUGGAUGAUUGGAGGCGAGGACUACGAUGGCCCCAACUAUUAUUCUGUUUUCCACUUCGCACACGAAAGAGGUAGUCAUGGGGUACUUCGAUUCCUUCUGUCUCACCAGGAAACCGUACCCGAAUGUGUGAGCUACAGGAAAGAAAUGUGGUCCCUCCUCAAUGAGGCUGCACACAAAGCUGAUGUGGACUUUGUACGAUUUUUACUCGACAACCACCCAGCUUAUGCUGAUAUCCAUGGACGCGAUACGUUUGGCUGCACCCCCAUUCUGGAGGCUGCUAGUAUCUGGCCAGGCGGUUACGGCGAGGUGGACACCCGGGAGCCAUCAGUCGAAAAAAGCGAAGCUGUAAUGAACUUGCUGUUGGACGGGGGUGCUUCUGCUUCUGAUGUUGCUGUGCACCCUGAGCGUACAACCCACACUGUUCUAACAUCAGCUGUACGAUGGGCAAGUCCAGAGCUGGUUAAAAGGCUUAUCGAUGGCGGCGCUGAUGUUCAUGCCAAGGUAACAGGACGCCGUCUUGGACUCGACUAUGAUCCUGUUUCCGACAUGACUGCAAUCUCUUUUGCAAUGUUUCAUGUCAACGUCAAUGUCAUCCAGACUCUUUUCGACUGUCGAGGUUCUGGAGUUGAUAUUCGAGAUAUGGUGUCAUCUCGUGACAGUAGUGGUAGCCAUCUACUUCAUUGGGUGAAUCGCAGCUACAUGUCUUUUGCGCAGAAACCCUACAUGUUGGAGGCUGAACAAACACAAAUGAUUGAGGAUAUCAUCAAGAUUAUAAAUAUCCUGCUUGAUAUCGACCCUUCGGCAAUCAACAUGCAAGAUAGCCUCGGAAACACAGCACUACACUAUGCUACGCAACAUCCUGCUCGAGACUACAAGCAAUAUAAUGCAAUUCUGGAAUUGCUUUGCAGUAAAGGUGCCGACGCAAGCAUACGGAACAAUAGGAAGGAGACGCCGUUGCACACCAUACUAGGCCACGCCUUCACAGCCGACAAGGCCGACAUUCAAGCUAUGGGUAUUCUGUGUGACCACGGAGCCAGUGUCAUGGACACUGACGAGAACGGAAACUCGCCGUUACAUCUGGCAUUGGCGGAAAUGAGCCCUGCCGACGUGGUUUCUUUUUUGCUGGAGCAAGGCGCCGACCCCAAUUUGAUGAAUAUGAAGCAUAACACACCGCUUCAUCUCGCUAUUUCAUACCCCUACCAUGGUCAAGAGUCGAGGAAAAAACAAGACGAUAUUAUCGGAAUGGUGUCGAAGGUUGCCGGGAAUGCGGGGGUGAAAAUACUACAGAAUGGCGAUGGAAAGACGGCGCAACAGCUACUUCUGGAACAGAAGAAGCUGAGGGAAGAAGAUGAUAUUCAGUGGCUGGAAUUACGAAAGCCGCGUGCUUGGUGA